GGGGCGUUGGUUUCCUGUUCCGCGGGGCCGGCGACCCGGACUACUGGACUGGUGGCGACAAGGAUUAGGUGCAUAUGCUUAUUCUCACGCUAGUCCAUUUCCUGUUUUUUGCCGGGCGACGAACAAGGUGAUCCGCGACGGCAGCCGGUGUGCUUCCUCCUCCCCGCGGAUCUGCUCAUGCCGUCCCCCGGAGCGUCUACCUCGGCGGCGUUGGCCUCUGGAUCUAUCUUGGCUGCUAUGGGUGCAUGUGCGCAGGAGGCGCCGUGCGUUCUGGGCGGUGGCGGCGACGUUGUGCCUGAUUCGGGCAUUGGCUCGUCGGAUCCCGCCGUCUGCCCGGUCUUGCCGGACGUGCCUGAGUUGGAUCAAGGGGUGGGCUUGGCUGAUGGCAGAGGCGGGGAUGUGGCGUCGGGAUUGGCGACUCCAGCCGGCGUCUCGCACAACUCCGUCCAGGCCAGCGUCUCGCAAAACUCCGUCCAGGCCAGCGGCUGCAGUGGCCCGACGGAUUCGUGCACGACAUUCAGUUCAGGGGGCGUGGUCCAGCCGACGGGAUUGGCGACUCCAGACAUCGUCUCGCACAGCUCCGUCCAGUCCAGCGGCAGCAGUGGCGCCGGGGAAUCAUGUAGGACAUUCAGUUCUCAAGAGGUGGUCCUGCCGUCGGCACGGGUCGGCGUCGGGACGCCGGCCGUCGUCUCGAGCCGCGCCGUGCAGUCAGGACAUCACAGCGGCCCAGCUUCGGCGAACACCACCAUCCGCGUAGGCUGGAAGCGCAGGCCAAGAGGUCCUAGUGUGCCAGACGGGAGGGCUGUAGUAGCUGAUCGUGUGCCGCCACUGGAAGCUGCUAUUAGAGGGUUCGCUGAUAGGGGGACUGAGGUGGUCGUCAACCCGGUGCUUGGCGCUAUUUUUGAUUAGCUGGCAGAGGCGUAUGAAUUCUACAAUCUAUAUUCAUGGGAGGUCGGCUUUGGGAUUCGGUACAGCAAGAGAAGGCAAAAUGUCAAUGGGACGAAGUGUAUGCAAGAGAUUGUGUGCGGCUGCGCUGGCAAACCAGAAAGGGAGAACAGCUCGUCAAUGAGGAGCAAUUGCGCCGCCAUGCUUAGGUUGCACCGGACAGAUGAUGGUGGGUGGUAUGUAUCUGAAAAUCGGGCCUCCCACAACCAUGAAAUGCUACGGACUUGUGCUGAGAAGCUGCAUUGGCCAUCACACCGGCACAUUGACACAUACACAAGAGAUCUCGUGAAACAGUUGUGUCAGAACAAUGUAAAUCUAGGGAAGGUAUACACCAUCAUUGGAAGCCUGUUUGGGCGGAUGGAGAACGUCCCGUUCACAAAGAGGUGCCUUAGGACUUUCUGUGGGAAGCUUAGCAAGGAGCAGGCGGAUUAUGAUGUGCGGAAGACCAUGGAUGCAUUCUCUAAGCUGGGGUCAAAUGAUCCGGAGUUUUCAUAUGUUGUUGAGGUUGAUAAGGAAAGCGAGAUAAAAACCCUGUUGUGGACCAAUGGUAGAAGUAAGAUGCAGUACCACAAUUUCGAGGAUGUCAUAACGUUCGAUACUACAUACAAGACAAAUCUAUACGACAUGCCUUUUGGGUUGUUCGUGGGGGUGAACAAUCACUUCCAGAGUAUCAUCAUGGGCGGGGUAAUGAUGAGAGAGGAAACGAUCGAGAGUUUCAAAUGGGUAUUCACCGAAUUCAUCAGGCUGAUGGGUGGCAAACCUCUGAAAACGAUACUAACUGGUUUGUUUGCUGCCCUAUGAUUUCCUUAUUUGCCACCUCCGACAACCCUGUCCUGCGUCAAUAUAAAAACUAUAUGAUGAACAAGAGAACACAAAGAAAAACACCGGAUACUGCAGCAAAGAGAUUGAUAUUGGUUCGAAAAAGAACUUACUCCCUGGUUGGGGCACUUGUAGAAACGGACGCCGGGGUUCCGGUCUAUCCCAGAGACAAACCAUCUCGUCCUCGUCCCGACGCACCGCGGGCACAAGAUCAAUGGCAGCGGUGGUGGGGGGGGCGCGGAGACGACGCGCAGAAGUUGAGUUCUAGGACAUCGCGGCACGGCGGCGUCGAUGGAUCGAGGCAACUAGCUAUGCUUGUGAGAAGUGCAGCUGCCGCUGCGUCCAGUUCCUACACUCUCCUGUGCUUGUAGGCAAAUUCGAACGAGAAAGUCCUACAAGAUCGGUA